AUGGCAGCUGAGGAAAAAUACAACCAAGAACUAACAACUGGUAAAAUCGUGUUGGAAGACGUUCAAGAGGCUUUGGAGUCAGGAGAAAAGGAGGAAAUAGAGGUGGCCUAUGAAAGAGUCUGCGAAAUCACAAGAAAACUGGAAAUCUCAAAAGACAAAAUCACAGAGGAAAUGCUUGCUGAGGAGAGGACAAUCGAUCAAGUACGGGAAUGGAACAAAGAGCAGAAGGAAAAAAUCAAAGAAUUCCGAAACAUGAGGAAAAGGCUAAAAGAAGAGCUGGAUGGCUUUAGACGAAGAGAGACAGAACAGAAGAAAGAAGACGAGCUGAAGCACCAACGGCGACUUAUAGAAGAAAAAGCAUCAAUUGACAGAAGACGGGAACAAGAAAAGGAAGAGGCAAAAAUCCGUGAACAAGAACGAGAGGAGCGAUGGUACAAUAAAAAAUUGGAAAUGGAGAUGGAACUGGCAAAGAAGCGAAAAGAGGAAGAUGUACAUGUCAAGCCGCAGCAGCAGUCGGUGAAACUUCAGAAGUACACGAUCACUCCAUUCAAGGGAGAUUACAAGGACUGGCUCCGAUUUUGGAAUCAGUUUAUGGUAGAAGUGGAUGCAUCAUGCAUUGCAGAAAUCAGUAAGUUUAAUUACUUGCUAGAAUUGCUAGACGGGAAACCUAAAGAGGACAUCCUGGGCCUACCCCACACUGCAGAUGGCUACGAGGAAGCUAAAAGGAUCCUGCAAAAGACCUAUGGCAAGGACAUCAAAAUACACAAAGCUUUAAUCAAGGAGCUUGAAGGGCUGGAAUCAAUUUCAAGCAUUCACAACACUGCGAAGAUCCACGAUUUCUACAACAAAUUGGCAAGGAUUGUCCGCACUCUGGUGACCAUGAAGAAGCUGGAUAGCGCCCAAAGCUAUGUCUACACGCUAGUUGAUAAGCUUGGAUCGGUGAAAGAAUCUUUGAUUCAGAAGGAUGAUGACUGGGAAAAUUGGGACCUACAGGAACUUGUGGAAAAUCUGGAGAAAUACAUCGACAGACAUCCGUUACCAGUUAGUGAAAUUGGUGGUACCAAGAAGAGGUCUAGCGACUACCAAGCAGAGUGGAAGCCACGAGACAAAAUGAUGUUAGCAAACACAAUGGACAGAGCAAAGGGAAAACAAAACAGUUGUGUCUACUGCGACUACAACAAUCACAAAAGUUCAGACUGUCAGAAGGUACUUGAUUUGGCUCGAAGGCGAGAGAUUGUGAAGAACAAAAGGCUCUGUUUUAAUUGCACUGGCUAUGGGCACACAGCUUCCAAGUGCAGAUCCAGAGGGUGUAGAAAGUGCGAUAGGCGACACCACACCUCCUUAUGCGAUGCGACGACGCUGAGUAGAGAAGAAAAUGCGAACCAGCAAUCUGAGAUGGGCAAGAGAGCACUAGAUGUCACAACUACCCUUCAUGCGACAAUUUUGGCCAAAGUAAAUGGAAUACCAGCACGUAUUAUGGUGGACAGUGGAUCAAGCAGUUCGUAUAUCUGCACCAGCCUCAUAACGCAGCUACGGUUGAAGCCAGUGGGUGUUGAGACAAAGAACAUUGAGCAGAUGUAUGGCACCGUAAAAAGAAGAGUGCAAAUAUUCAAGGUCACGGUACAGUCCAAUGUGGUUGAUGGUUUCUGCUUGGACCUAAAGUGUAUCAACGGAGAGAAGGAUACUCUAACAUACUUGCCCAACCCAAGAAUCAAGGCAUUGAAGGCAAAGUAUAGCAGAUUCAGAGGUUUGACUUUCGGUGAUGAAAAUAUGGAAGAAGAUAGGCUACCGAUCCAUAUCAUCUUGGGUGCUGCAGAUUUUCAACGAAUCAAGACUACAGAGCCUCCAGUGCUUGGACCAAAUCCUGAUGCCGACCCCGGGGCAGAAUUCACUAUGCUUGGAUGGACCCUGACUGGAAGAACCGUGGACACUGAGGGAGGAACAGAGAAGAUCUUCUUGAUGCUAUCCCCAAAGGAAGAAUUUGAAAAAAUGUGCUCAAUAGAAGUUCUAGGGUUGGCAGACACAGACAGUGGACCGGGAGAUGGUUUUCAUGAAGCCUUCAAAGGAAGCCUACAACGACUAGGUGAUGGCACUUAUUCUACUAGACUGCCGUGGAAAGAAGAUCAUGUCCAGUUGCCAACAAACAAGACGCUUGCUGUGGCCAGGUUGCACAGUACAACAAGACGGUUGGAAAAGCUGGGGAAACUGGAAGAGUACCACGAGGUGAUGGAAGCACAAGUCAAAGAAGGGAUUUUGGAAUCAAUUCCAGAAGAACCAAGUGGUAAAAUCAUCCAUUAUGUGCCCCACCAACCAGUUAUCAGGGAAGAUGCUGAGUCUACUAAAAUGCGAAUUGUGUACGACUGCUCGGCAAGAUCCAGCCCAGAGGACCCUUCACUUAACGACUGCUUGGAAAAGGGACCACCCUUGCAGCCAUUGAUACUGAAUAUAUUGCUGAGAAACCGAAUGCUACCUCUCUGCAUCACUGGUGACAUCAAGAAGGCAUUCCUUCAAAUAAAGUUGGACCCUGCUGACCGCGAUUCACAACGUUUAGUUUGGUAUAACAACCUAGAAGAACGCAAAAUGAUUGCUUACAGAUUCACAAGGGUCAUCUUCGGCUCAGCACCAAGCCCAUAUAUCCUCGGAGCUACACUGGAAAACCACCUCAGCCAGUAUACAAAAAGGUUCCCGGAAACAGUUGAGGCUUUGCUAAAGAAUACCUACGUGGACGACGUACAGUUUGGAAGUCAUAAAGAAGAAGAUCUGCUCAAGUUCAAGGCAGAAGCAACGCAGAUUUUACAGGAAGGUGGAUUUGACCUACACAAAUGGCACAGCAAUGUUCCAGAAGCAGAAGUCCCAACACCAGAGAAGAAUGUGUCUACGUCAGUAGAAGAAGAUUCAACAACGUAUGCAAAGACAGAAGUUGGUACAAAAUCAUGUGAGACGAAGAUCUUGGGAAUUCCAUGGAACAAGAAAAACGACGAGUUAACAAUUAGCCUGUCAAGAUGUGCAGAGACGGGAAAUGAUGGUGUGUUAACAAAAAGGAAGAUGCUGUCAGUGAUUAAUGGUGUGUUCGACCCGUUAGGACUUGCUUCAGCAGUCAUUAUAACCGCCAAGUUACUGUAUAGUCAAGUUUGCAAGGAGAAGUUGGCAUGGGAUGAAGAAAUAAAGAGUAAAGUAGCAGCUUUGUGGAAGAAUUGGAUCAAGAAACUGAUCAAGCGGCCAUCGCUGAGUGUCUCUAGAAGUGUCAUUCAAGGAAAAGUAGCGUACAUCACAUUACAUGGUUUUGCAGAUGCGAGUAAAAUGGCUGUGGCAGCAUGUGUUUACGUGGUUGCAUAUUACAACGAUCAAGAACCAAGCCAGCACCUGCUCACUGCAAAAGCAAGGGUUGCACCAGAGAAAUCCAUCCCACGACUAGAGCUUAUAGCAGCUCAUACGCUGAGCAAACUGGUCGCCUGUGUGAAGAAGGCACUGGAAGAUUACCAAAUCGAAGAGAUUCAUGGAUGGGUUGAUAGCACUACGGUACUGCACUGGCUGAAAGGAAAGGGCACUUGGCGCCAGUUUGUGCGCAAUAGAGUCAAGGCCAUCAACGACAGCGACAUUGAGGAGUGGCACUAUGUACCAACUGGUGAGAACCCAAGCGACUUGGGGAGCAGAGGAGUUGAGCCAACACAAAUGGAAUCAUUUUGGUUUCAUGGACCACAGUGGCUAUCAAGCAAAGAAGAUUGGCCGGUUCAACCAGAAAUUGGGGAAAGUAAAGAAACAGAAGCUGAAAAGUUGCCAAAAAAGGAACGACUAAUGCUUGCCAAAGAAGAAAAGGUUGUUACAAAUGCUGUAAAAGAUCUUCUAGAAAAGCAUACACUUUGGAAAACAUUGCGAAUAACAGCACUGGUACUUCGAUUUGUAACCAACUGUCGCAGACAGGAGAAGCAGACUGGGAUGCUGACAGCAGAAGAGAUAGAAUCAGCAGAGAUGUUUUGGAUCAGGGAGGUGCAGCAAGCUAAGGAGAUAAGGCCUGAUGUCCCACUGAAAAAGGAUCCACUAGGGAUAUGGAGAUGCCAUGGAAGAGUGCCUGACUACAAUCCGAUAUUUCUGCCACGAAGUAACACUUAUGUGGAACGACUAAUUGAGCAAUGCCAUAGAAGAAUGUUGCAUGGGGGAGUAUCUGUGACAAUGAGUUGCAUACGGGAAAGGUUUUGGGUACCUAAACUCCGCACAUUGGUGAAAAAGGUCAUUCACAACUGUGACAAGUGCAAGAGGUUUCGAGUGCAGGGAUUGGCAGCACCUUCAAACUCACAGCUACCAAGUUUCAGGUCACAAAUGACAGAUCCAUUUGCGUGCACUGGCGUUGACUUUGCAGGACCAAUCACGUACCGAGUGAGCAAGAAGACAGUUGGGAAGGCUUACAUUGCCUUGUUUACGUGCGCCACAACCAGAGCCGUGCAUUUAAAAUUAUGCAGAGACCUGACGGCGGAAGAAUUCCAGCGAGCAAUGAAGGAAUUCAUCGCAAGAAGAGGCACACCAAAACUAAUGGUUAGCGAUAAUGGCAAGACUUUCAUUGCAACCAAGAAGUGGCUGAGCAGGCUCAAGAAGAAUGAGGAGUUGAUGAACUACUUAGCAACUGACAAAAUCAAAUGGAGGUUCAACCUCUCACGAGCCCCAUGGUGGGGAGGAUUUUUUGAGCGGCUGAUUGGCACAAUGAAAAGAAGUCUCGCAAAGGUUAUUGGUAGAAGUAUACUCAAAUUUGCAGAGUUGGAAGAAGCACUUUUGGACAUAGAAUGCGUAAUGAACAAUCGCCCCCUGAGCUACCAAGGCGAAGAGUUCGAGACCCCAGUCAUCACGCCAAACAUACUGAUCAGAGGGCAACCAGCACAUAUGCUACAAGAGGAUCUGCACAAAAUAGGGGACGAGGAAACGCUUCCCAAAAGGAUGGUAUUUCUGGCCAAAAGCAAGGAGCAGCUACGAAAGAGGUGGUUGGGAGAAUACUUGUACGCGCUGGAGGAAAGAAAGCUCAAACAAAAUGGAAGUCACGUUGAAAUCCCGAAUAAUGGCAAAGUAGUGUUGUUGAAAGAAGACACAAAAAACAGAGCCCAGUGGAGAAUUGGAAGAGUUGCUGGAAAAAUUAUCGGCAGGGAUGGUGUCGUACGGGGAUUAAAGAUCAAGUUAGGCAACGGUUACAUCGUUGAGCGACCGCUCCAACUUAUUUGCGAUUUAGAAGUUGGGGGAGAAAACUGUGCCGUUGAUGUCCAGUUGAAUCCGAAGGCUCAAGAGUUCAGACCAAGGGAGAGUUUACCAAGAAAGGCAAGAAAUGAUGCGAAAAAUCAAAUGGCUGCUGUCAAGAUUCACGAAGACCAGGAAGACUUAGAAGAUGGAUAUUAA